AGAAGAUAACUUAUCAUGUGGGUAUAUAAAUAUGAGCAGCUCAGUGAAAUUAUAAAGUUGCAGAAUAAAAUGAUUGAGAAAACUGUGGUUUUGGUUGUACUGGGGCUUGUGGUCUCGAGUCAAGGAUGCAUGGACUACGAGUCCUGUGUUGUGAAUAUUGAAAAUGCUGUAAAUGCGGCGACAGAUACCAUGUCCUCGUACUCGCAAGAAAGCGAGGAUUUGAGCAACACAAUUAACGAGAAUAUGUUGGCAGCAGUCAGUAAACUAAACGAAGAUAUUCAGAACGGUCCAAUUAAUUGCCAAAAGUAUUCCCUACCUAAACCUGCCAUUUCCUACGUGGAAAAUCUUUUCGAGUUGUGUCCAUCCACUUACGUGGGUGAAGCAGAUGCGGAAGUCGAAUCUAAAAUCACUUCCUUCCCCUCGGACUUCAUGGAAAUCAACACGGCUGAAGAGAGAGAAUAUUACUGUACUUAUAUAGUACCUGGUAUGAAUUUCUAUUGCAACCGUUUGAGGACAGCUAUUGAUGACUUCAAAAACUGCGACCUACUGAAAAUGUUCGACGAAGCUUACAGGAUGCCUUGGGAACAAUGCAUCAAUUUGUAAAUAAAUACGUAAUUAGAGUA